ACCACUGUUCUCACCAUGACCACACUAAGCAUCAGCGCAAGAAACUCGUUACCUAAAGUGGCGUACGCGACGGCCAUGGACUGGUUCAUAGCCGUCUGUUAUGCCUUUGUGUUUUCUGCGCUGAUCGAAUUUGCCACCGUCAACUACUUCACCAAGCGCAGCUGGGCUUGGGAUGGCAAGAAGGUGCUGGAGGCCCAAGAGAUGAAGAAAAAAGAGCCAGUGGCACUAGCAAAGAAAACCAACAACACCUACAACAUUGUUGGCACCACAUAUGCCCUCAACAUUGCCAAGGACCCCGGCCUGCCCACCAUCUCCAAGAGUGCUGCUGCCGCCGCUACUGCCACCAACAUACCCCACAAGAUGCCCCGCCUAGAGGAGAAGCUCCCAGAGAGUAAGAAGACAUACAACAGCGUCAGCAAGGUAGACAAGAUGUCUCGCAUCGUCUUUCCAGUCCUCUUUGCCAUUUUCAACUUAGUCUACUGGGCCACAUACGUAAACCGGGAGUCAGCUAUCAAGGGAAUGAUCCCCAAACAAUAAAACCAGUCACACAAUCCUUCCAUCAGUGAACACCAUCCAGGCAGGAAUUCUCCAGGGCUUUCUUAUUUCCCGUUUUGUUUAAUUAUUAUUGUUCGUUUGAUAUUAUUAAUUAUUAUUAUUACUAUUAGAUUGUUCUUUUAUAAUGCAAACAAAACUGUGAUUUUAUUUUAUUCCUGUGUACUUUAGUUUUGUUUUACUUUGAUGACGAAAGGGGGAAAAAAAAAAAAGAUC